AUGGAUAACCCCUACACCUUCCAGGCGAGUCGAGUGUCCAACAACAGUCACAUGAACCGCAGUAGUAGCUACCGAGUUCCGCCAGCAACUGCUCACCCCAUACAACCAGUUCAGUGGCCUAUAGUGUCAACGUUUCCGACUAACAUCCCUCCACAGCAGGCAGCGUUCAGGGACAACCACACUGCGCUGACCUACACCAAGGACCAAAUGAUCCAAAGAAUAUGGUCGCGGGAUCCACACACUGGAAAUCCUGUGGUACGACAGACUAAGGGACUGUUCAAUUCCGGCAGUUACACGGAUCUCACCACUCGUCAGAAAUAUACACACCCACAAAUGGUCCAUCUAACGGGCAAGAUGAUACAGGAGCAUAUUGAAAGGUUGAGGCGUCAAGUCAAUCACGUCCAGCCAUUUCAGGCUGCGCAAGAACAACAGCAGUUCCGCCAAUCGAUGCAGUCGCAGAUGCAGCCCUCGACACAACCAAGCUCUGUUGGAUACCCUCCACGUGGGUACACAGAUGAACAAGCAAUUCAGUUGCAACAAAGACAAGAGGUACGGGACCAACACUUCGUAGAGCAACACGCGCGGACGGUACAGCAAAGUCAAACGCAGCAAUCGCUACCACAGCAACAGGCGUAUCCACCUAUACAGCCAUCAUCGCACGUGGCGGAGGCAGGACAGCCCGCUUUUAUCGACAAGUUUGGUCGCCAGUGGACUAGACAACAAUAUGAAGAACUUAUUCGGCGCCAGCAAGCACAGAAGGCACAAGCAUCGGCAGCAAUGAGUUCUGGACUGGGGCCACAGUUCCAGCAAGACCCACAGACAUCGUCGCCCAUGAUGAUGAACUCACAGAAUUGUGAAUAUACGCAUAAUGUGCACAAUGAAGCGGCGUCCCAAAACCACUUGGACUUGCUUCGGCGCCAGAAAGGCAACAUGGGGCCAUCUCCAGUACCUGCGAACCCAGGAACUCACCAGCAGCGCCAAUGCAUGCCAUCGCCGGGGACUAAGAGUUCACAACAGUCUUCGAUCACGGAUCAGUCUGGACGACAAUGGACACGAGAGCAGUGGGAGAAGGUUGAGAAGAGUCGAGAGUUGAAGAAGAACCUCGUUCUACCAAGUCAGGCAACAAAAGCUUGUGUACCAGGAACUCCUACCACGAAGCCAGCAGUACACAAGCAGAGCGUGAGCAAGAUCCAAAAGCAGCCUUCCCGCCAGCCAGCCGCCAGCGCCGCGCAUUUUAAGAAGCCGUCAGUCACGCAGCCUGCCAAGCAAGCAGCGCCUCGCGAAGUGAAAGUGAUUGGCAAAGACGUAACAAACAAGUCCCUCAACCCAACCGCAGACCCAACAAGUCUUCUUCCCGUUCCUGAGAUCAAUCAACCAAACCAAGUCUCAAUGUCCAAACAACCCAAUGUUGCUCCCAACACCGCACCCGCACCAAACCCACCCCGCAUCUCCACCCAACCCACCACCGUCAGCCAAUGGGACGUAGAAAAUGGGCGCCACAUCUACGACUCGAUGACCUCGUUCAUCUUCUCUCACCAGGAGGCUUACCACGAAGGCUUAUCGAAACUUGAGGCUGCCGCCAUCAACCCCGCCGUCAACCCUCCCCCCACCGUAUCCCCCCUCGCACACUUCGACCCCACAAUCUUCAAAAAAGUCAAACACCCCCAAUACACCGGCUUCUCCGUCUUCUCAGAUCUCAACGGCGGUGUACUUGCCGAAAUCGAUAAUCAAGCACUGCUCAAGCGGAUUUGUACGGUUGAUCCCGAUGGUGUGCUUCGCGCGCCGGAACCAAGGUGGGUGAGUGAGGAGAGGGCGAAGUUGGAGUGGGAAAUCAGGAUGGUAGGGGGGAAGUAUGGGCGGGGGAUGUAA